UUUGACGCUAAAGCCUUAACAAAAACACGCCAACAGUGUUCCAUUGACUUAACUGGCCUGUACAUUAACCAAGCCACAGCGAUAUUGUUAUAACACGAAAAACUAUUCAUCCGGCAGAGUAACAUGACGCCUCAAGGCACUGCAGCGGGACAGACGGAAGAGUGGUUACUUCAGGCUCUCAAUUUUGCUACGAAGACUCAAGAUCCUCGUUUGCUGUCAGCAUUUUUUACCUGAGGGCUGAAGACACAGCCAUCCCAAGACAGCGGACAUUAGACCAAUAGCAGUUAAGAGGAUGUUGGGCCAGACAGGAAGUGUUGCCACACCGAUGAAUAGCGACGCUGACCACCAUUUUCACAGUGAAUGCAUUUGCACGUGUAAGAUGCUGCAGCGUCUCAUCCUGAAUCUGCUGCUGCUUCUUCUCAUCAGCACAGGAGCCAACGCUGAUGCUGAUGCUGAAGCUUUUGACAUCGCCUUCCCCUGUCCCGAUUUGGUCUGCUAUCACGUAUGGAGCCUGAGGACGAGGAGAAUUCGAGAAGACAUCGCCAUCGUCAGCAACGGCCGGAUCAAGAAGGCGGGACGGAGCAACGAGGACACUCAAUGCACGGUUCGUGUCCAACAUGUGACAGGAGACGACGACGACGACGACCACGAACGACAUUACUGCAAACACACUGCUGAUGACUUCACCCCUCAAAAGAAGCUUCCCGAGGUGAGCGUGUUUCCAGGCAAGGCGUGGUCUUUCCAGUGCGUUCUGCUGUCCUAUUUGGAGCAGGAACUUUGCUACGCGGCAAAUCGCUGGCCGGUCCACUUGAGUUGGGUGGACCAGGCGGGCGUGGCGGUCCAGGAGGACUCUCAGCACGGCAUCCAGUAUCAGUCCACCUGCCACGUCACCUUGACCCUCACCUUCCACGGUCCUGCUAGGGAGACGUUCAAGUGCAGGGCCCAGGUUGGGGAUCGGGUCUGGACUUCAGAGGAGCUGCGAGUCCAAGUGGCAGCUCCCAGAGGGAAAGGAAGAGGAGGCUUCGACGUGGACGUAGAACCUCAGGGUUCCAGCCGCUACCAAGUCAGCGUGGUGGUGGGGGUGCUGGCGUGCGCCACCCUGGCCGCCUUGGCCGCCAUGUUUGUUGUCGUCAGGCGGAGGAAGACAGCCGACGCGGCUGAGGCGUCCACUUCCAGCCCCUCCAACAACGUAAGUUCCUUUUCCGUCUGGCAGAAUGGAAAUGUCUCUAAAGUUAAGCACGCGUCUCCAGGUGGAGGACGACGUCGUCUACGCGGACGUCCUCCUCCCUGCCGGCGCCGAGGGAACGUCUUUCUGCGAGGGCGACGCCACCGAGUACGCUUGCAUUCGCUACCAGUAACCCUCCUUUAAAUCAUCACAGCUUCGACAACUUCUACCUUUUAUUAUUAUUAUUAGUAGUAGUAGUAGUAGUAGUGGUAGUAUUACUAUUAUUACUGUUAUUAUUAUUUCAGUCAGCUACCUCAAAAACAUCAAUUUAACUUCACUUUUUUUGGAGAGGAUUGGACAAAAAGCGUCACUUACUGCUACUUCUAAAUAAUUAGAACCCACAGGAAAAUGAUGUAAAAAUGUAAUAUACCUUUUCAAUAUCAUUGAUAUUACAUAUUUUUUUAUGAUAUAUUUUUGGGGGGGUCCAUUGAAAGGUGCUAUAGAAAUCCAAGUAGUUAUUAUUAUUAUUAUUAUUAUUAUUAUUAUUAUUAUUAUUAUUAUUAUUAUUAUUAUUAUUACUAUUAUCAUUACCAUUAAGUAACUAAAUGAUUUUCUUUUAUUAUUUUUUAUUUGAAUUGUUUUUUUCCGUGUUUCGUGUGUGCCUAUAAAAAGUAAGUGAGCUUACGACCUACUUUUAAAU